AUGGCCGGCUGGGUUUACCGAGAGAACCGCGUCCCGCAUUACCAGCGCGAAUUUCAGAAGCACGAUGGCUUGAGGGUCUGGCAAAAGGCCCGCGGCCGUUACCUGGUCCCUAUGUUCCAGACUAUGCUCUUCACCAGCUUCGGAGCUAGCAUGUACAUGAUGUGCCGCAUGGUCUUGGGGCACAAGACUUGGUUUGGCAAGAACUAG